UUCGCCAAUAGUCACAUUUAAUAACACGUCUUGGGUAUGCAACACCAAGUCGAAAUAUAAUUUAAUAUAAUAUAUUCUAUUUUCGAUAUUGAGCCACAAUGCACAUAUCGGUUUGAAAAUAUCACUUUACACAAGGAAUAUCGAUAUAUUGAUAUGUUGACAACCCUGGCUCCCACUCUGGCUGUCGGAUUGUUUUUGUCGGUUUUUUGUUGUUGCCGUCUCUUCGUUUUAACAAGUUUUUCGCAUGUGAGUGCCACCGAGAAGCGAGAUAAAGAAAACCUCCAGCCAUUUUAUCGCGAUCGGUGCGUGGAAUUGUGCCAGCGACACAGCGCUGAGAGUAACAACAAAUAGCUGGAUACGGAUUUGGCUUGCAAAUCGGAUACAACGCAGCGCUGCUAAGGCCUAAUCGCGGAAUUGUUUACAAAAGCCAGCCAGCCAGCCAGCUAGCCAGCAGUGUCGACUCCCAGUUUUCCUUUUGUUUUUCCCGUUCACGUGAAUGUGUCUCAGUGUGAGUGCUUAAGUGCCAAGUGCCCAAGUGUAUGUGUCUCAGAUCGGAGCACAGGUUAAACGAAAUUUGAAACAAGCAAGAAUUAAUUGCAAAUCAAAAUCAGAACCGAUCACCUCUGCAAUCGCUCCACAACUACGUCGCCGAGUCACUGAUUAACUCAAAGAUACCCAAAGACAGCCAAAGACACCCAACGGCGGCUUCAAUGUCGUUCAAAAGAAAAUACUUUUGCUAGCGCCGCGAGAGUGAGAAGCGAUAACCGAGUCGAGCGACUGGAGAAGAAGCUACACGAGCAGUAACCCAAAGAUUACCCCCCAAAACACACACCAAAUGGCCACGAACUGCGACUUCAUCGAGGAGCAAGUGAAGCAGCAGCCGUCGGCCAGCGCUGCAGCGGAAGGAGCAGCCAUGGUGGACCAGAGUGAUAACAAGGACCCCAGGGAGCAGGAGAAGCAGGAGGCCCAGGCGUCCAGCUCAUACCAGCAGUAUGGUCCCAACGAGGACAGCUUCGAGUGCGCCUUCGAGUCAACCAUGGACGACCUGGAGCAGGGCGUCCUGGACGGCUACGAAUCGGACUCGGAGGCCAGUGCCAACGAGCACAUCACGGACUCGGCCUCCUCCGGCAGUCUGGGCCAGUUGCGGGAGCAGCGGGAGGAGCGCCUGAGGGGCUUGCCCGGAACGCUGCAUGGCCAGCACAUCGACUCCGAGAUGCUGAAGUGCCUGCCGCGCUCCAACUCCUUCGACUUCCACAGCAGCAGCGGCAGCAGCAGCGACGACGAGGACGACCCCGAGGACGACGACGAUGGAGACGGGGACGGGGACGAGGUGCAGCACAGUCUGGGCCUGACCCUGAGCGGCAAGUUCGCCAAGGUGGACCUCUACUCGGCCCACCAGAGGCCCGGAUACCUGUUGGCCCCCUUCAUCGAAAGGCGGCGGCUGUCGCAGUGCAAGGAGGAGGACGAUGAGGACGGGGAGACCCAGCCGAGCGCCGGCGGGAGUGUUCCCGGCGAGGUGUCGAAGGCGGAGCGGGCUUCCAAGGCGCCUCCGCGACCCCCUACGCCCCAAGACGAGGCCUCCAAGGAGAGGUUUAAGGACCUGGAGCGACUGCGGCAGCAGUUUAUGCACAAAAUCGACAGGAUCAACACCAGGAACAUCGAGGAGAGUGAGGCGCCGCCGCCACCUCCGCCUCCGCCUCCUCCGAUCCCAGCCACCAUUCUUCCGAAGGCCCUGAAGGCCCUGCUGCACACCCAGGAGCCAGUGUCAGUGCCAGCACCCGCAGCCCCGGCGCCGCCCCCCACGGCAGUCGAUCCACUUCCCCCCAAGACCCCGGUGACACCUGUUUCCGAGCCCGUUUCGCCCCUACCCCUGCCCUCCGAGCCGCCGCUGAUCAUCAAGGGCAAGUUCAAGGUGACCCUCGCCCAGGAGACACCCGAGCUGCGGACGGAGGCCCAGAAGCUCAGCCAGCUGAGGGCCAGCUCCAAUGCCCACACCAUCAGCUUCCCGUCCAGCUUCGGCGGGUACUCCUCGGUGCAGGGCCUCUUCUCGCAGCGGUACGGGUCCAAUCGCUUCCCCGCCGCCGCCCCGCACCUCUCCAAGCAGUUCUUCGAGCCGUCGCUGGUCGAGAUUCGGACCCCGGCCCAGAGCAACCUGGCCCUGAACGUGGCGGGACUGGCCGGCAGCAGCAACCACCAAAGCCUCACUUGUGAUACAAACAGCUUGGCCACCAAGCAGCGCACGCCCAGCGAGCGCGAGCUGGACGAGAUCUGGAUACGGCGCCCGGAGGGGCAAGCUGCGCCAUCGGCAUUCGCGUCCCAGCCUCAGCCUCAGCAGCAACCCCAAUCGCAGAGGCCGGUGUCCUUGGGCGGGGCCUCCACCAUGCCGCGGCUGCUGCGGAACGAGAGCGGAGCCUCCACCACGAGUCCCUCCCGGCAGCUGACUAACUCUGGAUCCGUAUCGGUGUCAGUGUCGGAUGAUGAACAGGAUGGCAGCAUCGGAGGACCAGGCGGCAGUGGACGGAUGCCGGGAUCCAGGCCUUCCAGCGCCCCCGCCGAGCCCAACGCCAAGGCGGCCAAGAAAGCCUACAAGAAGAUGGAAAAAGAGCAAAGGCGGCAGGAGAAGGAGCAGUCGCGACGGGAGAAGGAGGCCCGCAAGCUGGAGCGCGAAACGGCGCGACGAAUCGAGCGCGAGGCCGCCAAGCUGGAGAAGAUUAACCGGCACAGCGAGAAGAUCUCACGCAGCACGGAACGGAUGGCCAUGGCCGGCGGGGGAUCGCGCUCCGGCUCGCUGGAGCGGAGGCGGAGUGGCGAGGACUCGCCGGUGCUGAACCAGUCAACAGUGCACGGCAUCGCCUCGCCCAAUCGCCGGCCCACGAUAUUCGAUGUGUUCCGGCCGCGGGCUAAGUCAGACGCGAAGCGGCAGAAGGAGAAGCACCUUCUGGACCCCUCCUCCGCCGACAGCAGCGCCACCAGCAGCACAUACUCCGUGUCCGGGGGCACGGCGCCCGCCUCCACCACAGCGGGAGCCGCCGGCGGAGCGGCUGGCGCGGGAGGAGCCGGUGGCCUUAUGAACUCCAUGAAGGUGGCCAUGCAGAACUUUGGCCACCGCCAGCACCCCGCCGUGACGAUAACUAACGCCGACGGCACAGUCUCCGCCAAGAGCAAGUACAAAGACGGCAGUGCCCAUCCUCACCAAGGUAGCGACGCGCAGUAUUACCACACGGUGACCGCAGUGCGUCCGCACGCCUCCCAGCGCUCGCCUAUGACGAAGGUGAUGGACCUGUUCCGGCACCGCUCCAAUUCAGCGGCCAGCGAAGCCGACAAGCGCAAAGCGCGAGCGGCGGCGCAUCAGCAGCAGUUGGCCGUACAAAGUGCUCAUAUGCGUCGUGCCUCUGCGGACUUGGAGAAACGACGAGCUUCCCUUGGUGCCGCCGGUCGAGGGCUCAGAGGCGAUGGUACUCUGGACCCACACCAUGCCGCCAUACUGUUCAGAGACUCCAGAGGGUUGCCUGUCGCCGAUCCGUUCCUAGAGAAAGUAAACCUUUCGGACUUGGAGGAGGACGACUCACAGAUCUUUGUAAAGUUCUUUCGUUUUCACAAGUGCUAUGAUCUGAUACCCACCUCCGCCAAGCUGGUCGUCUUCGACACCCAACUGCUUGUGAAGAAGGCCUUCUACGCCUUGGUCUACAAUGGGGUGCGAGCGGCGCCGCUAUGGGAUUCAGAAAAGCAACAGUUCGUGGGCAUGCUGACCAUCACGGACUUCAUCAAGAUCCUGCAGAUGUACUACAAAUCGCCCAAUUCGUCCAUGGAGCAGCUGGAAGAGCACAAACUGGACACGUGGCGAAGUGUGCUGCACAACCAGGUGAUGCCUUUGGUCAGCAUCGGCCCGGAUGCCUCCCUCUACGAUGCCAUCAAAAUUCUCAUCCACAGCCGCAUCCAUCGCCUGCCCGUCAUUGAUCCGGCGACCGGCAACGUCUUGUACAUCCUGACCCACAAACGGAUACUGAGGUUCCUCUUUCUAUACAUUAAUGAAUUACCAAAGCCCGCUUACAUGCAAAAGAGUUUGCGAGAACUGAAGAUCGGCACCUACAAUAACAUUGAGACAGCCGAUGAGACGACGAGCAUAAUCACGGCACUGAAGAAGUUCGUGGAGCGACGCGUCUCGGCGCUGCCUCUGGUGGAUUCCGAAGGUCGGCUCGUCGACAUCUAUGCUAAGUUUGAUGUGAUUAAUCUCGCCGCCGAGAAAACCUACAACGAUCUCGAUGUGUCGCUGCGCAAGGCUAACGAGCAUCGCAACGAGUGGUUCGAGGGGGUGCAAAAGUGCAAUCUGGACGAAUCGCUCUACACGAUUAUGGAACGGAUCGUCCGCGCCGAAGUGCAUCGCCUGGUGGUGGUCGACGAGCAACGCAAGGUGAUUGGCAUCAUCUCCCUGUCGGACAUCCUGCUCUACCUGGUUCUGCGGCCCAGCGGUGAGGGAGUCGGUGGCUCUGAGAGCUCUCUGCGCGCCUCUGAUCCCGUCCUGCUGCGCAAGGUCGCCGAAGUGGAAGUAGAGAUUCCGUCGGCCGCAUCUUCGACGUCAACACCCCCGCCUCGCAGUCCGUCAGCCGGAUCCGGCAACCGCAGUCUAAUCGAGGACAUACCCGAGGAGGAGCCAGUACCAACGUCGACGGAGCCAAGGAGCGAGGAUGCCGACAGUGAUAACAACAAGUCCGCCAGUGAGGAUAAGGCCAAUAACAAUCAACAUGAGCUGACGACGGCGGCGACAGCGACGGCCAAUGGUGAUAGCAGUAACAACAGCCCCGUGGAAGUGUCCUUCGCCGAUGAGGCGCAUGAAGAGGAGGGAGAAGCUGCAGACCAGGUCGAGCGCAGCCAUUGUGAUGAUGACGAUGAUGGUGUCCUAGCGGGGGUGGAGCGUAAACAAGCAGCCGCGGCAGCAGCCGCUGCGCGCACAUCGGACGAGGACGAGGAUGGGCUAAGCAGCGCCGUAUCCGCCGCAUCCGCUUUGGGUCAGUCACUAGCGACGCCCGCGGCGCGAGAAAUGGCGCUGGUUAGUGAAUAAACAUUUAAUUUAAACAAAACAACAAUUUAAUCGGAUACAGCUAAACAGCUAUAGCUAAACAGCAACAAACAAAAGCUAAACAAGAACUAAAACCCAAAAACACAAUAAUGAUAAAGCAGAGAAAAUUAUAUUUGAAUAUUAUUAGUUGUUAAGGAUAUAUUAUUACAAUUAUGAAAUAUUAUGUAUUUUACAAGAAGCAACUAAAAGCAAAACAAAAACAAAAGCUGUUAACAAGAUGUUUAUAUAUACACACAAGAAAGCGAAAACAAAACAAAAAUUACAUUAGAAUGUCUUUAAAUUUUAAACGAUGUAAUUGAUUAUUAUAUGAUAGUACAGUACAAGUCAAA